GAGAGCCCUGUGGACUUGAGGGACUCUACCUGAGUGGACAUAAGGACUGCAUUUAUUUAUUUAUUUAUUUAUUUAUAUAGCGCCUACAGAUUCCGCAGCGCUUACAAUUAUGAGACAAGAGUGAAAACAUUACUCAAUCACCUCCUUAGCAACUUUACAACACUGACGUAACUGACCAUGUCAUGUGAUCACGUGACUGUUCUCUGCUCUGAGAGGCGGAAGUAGUAAGGAACAAAGAGGAGUAAACUGAAACUACAUAUUGUGGUUAGAAAUAGGGACAGGCUUCAAAGUGACAUUCAGAGAGCUGGAAGGAAGAAGUCAGGAAGAAUCAUGAGCAUCAUACCAAGUCUCUCCCCUGGCACCUUGAUAUUGCUGGCUAUCCUGUUCCUGUUAUUUUUACUUUAUGGAAUAUAUCCUUAUGGUGUACUCUAUAAGUUGGGAAUUCCUGGACCAAGGCCACUGCCAUUUAUAGGAACAUUUUUGGAGUACAGAAAAGGUGUGGCCCAGUAUGAUAUGGAAUGCUUCAAGAAAUAUGGAAAGUUAUGGGGACUGUAUGACGGUAGACAGCCAGUGCUUGCAAUUCUAGAUCCAGCUCUUAUCAAAAUGAUUUUGGUAAAAGAGUGUUACACUAACUUCAUAAACAGGCGGAAUUUUGGUCUUAAUGGUCCCCUCAACUCUGCAAUAACAAUUGCUGAAGAUGAGCAGUGGAAGAGGAUUCGCACAGUUCUCUCACCAACAUUCACCAGUGGGAAACUCAAAGAGAUGUUUCAGAUCAUGAGUCACUACUCAAAAACACUUGUCCGGAAUAUACAGGUUUACGUGAACAAGGAUGAGUCAUGUGCCAUGAAAGAUGUCUUAGGAGCAUACAGUAUGGAUGUUGUCACCAGUAGCUCGUUCAGUGUGAACAUAGACUCGUUGAACAAGCCUAAUGACCCUUUUGUUACCCAAACUAAGAAACUGCUAAAACUUGGGUUAUUCAGUCCAAUGCUCUUACUUGUUGUGAUUUUUCCAUUCCUGAAUCCUAUUCUUGAGGGCCUAAAUGUCAACUUCUUUCCAAAAGACUUUCUGAAUUUCUACAUGAAUGCGGUUACUAGUUUUAAAGCUAAGAGACAAAAGGGAGAGCACUCAGGCCGUGUAGAUUUCCUGCAGCUAAUGUUGGAUUCUAGAGUAGAAGAUGACAGUGGCUUAAAGAAGGAGCAGAAAGCUCUGACAGAUGAAGAGAUUACAGCUCAGUCUAUUAUUUUCCUUCUGGCUGGGUUUGAGACCACAAGUAUGACUUUGACUAAUGUGUUUUAUAAUCUGGCAACCCACCCUGAUGUUCAGAAGAAACUACAGGAGGAGAUUGACUCACAUCUUUCUGAUAAGGCUAGCCCUACAUACGACAUAUUGAAGCAGAUGGAAUAUCUUGAUAUGGUGAUUCAGGAAACUCUCCGUAUGUACCCACCAGCAGGGAGACUAGAGAGGGUUUCAAAGCAAACAGUUGAGAUUAAUGGUGUCACCAUACCAAAAGGGACCGUGUGCAUGAUUCCAACAUAUGUGCUGCACCACGAUCCUGAAUUUUGGACUGAACCUGAAGAAUUCCAUCCUGAGAGAUUCAGUAAGGAAAACAAAGAAACACAUACUCCAUACACCUUUCUGCCAUUUGGAGAUGGACCAAGGAACUGUAUAGGGAUGAGAUUUGCUAUGCUGAGUAUGAAAGUAGCCAUCACAGCUAUUCUCCAGCAUUUCAGCUGUCGACCAUGUAAAGACACAUUGAUGCCAAUGGAGUUCAGCACUCAAGGUUUCAUGCAGCCGAAGAAACCAAUUGUGCUUAAAUUUGUGUCCCGAACUACAGCUGAUGAGUGAGCAAUAGGAUACAGAUGAUCCCAUAUAACAUUAUCCAAGAAAUUCUAUCAUUUUUUUUCUCAUGUUGUACUACAGUUAUGUAUUUAAAAUGCAAAAUGUAUAACAUUUUUGAAAAACAAUUGUUUUUUCUUAUUUUUCAUAAGUUGCAGCCAAAAUAAAGUAGAUAUAAGAUAACA